AAGAUGGCACCAAGGUAUGAAUUAGCAGUUGGUCUUAAUAAAGGCCACAAGACCACUAAAAUUCGCGUGGCAAAAAAUGCAAGGGAAAAGAGCAAGACGGUGUGCGUUUUGCCCUCCAGAUUCAAAGGGAGACAAAACAAGCAUAUCAAAUUUGUCAGAGACUUAAUUCGUGAAGUUACUGGACAUGCUCCGUGUGAAAAACGUGCUAUGGAAUUGUUGAAAGUUUCCAAAGAUAAGCGUGCAUUGAAGUUUUCAAAGAGAAGGCUGGGCACACACAUUAGAGCUAAAAGGAAACGUGAAGAACUUGGAAACAUCCUUGUCCAGAUGAGGAAAGCAGCUGCUCAUCAUUAAAUA